AUGAGCGCCUCCGUCGCAGCUAAGCGUCUCUUUCAAGAGUACCGGCUCCUGACCAACGACCCGCCAGAAGGCAUCAUGGCUGGUCCGGUGAAUGAGGACGACCUUUUUUCAUGGGAAGCUCUAAUCCAAGGCCCCGAAGGCACGCCAUUCGAGGGUGGCGUAUUCCCUGCCAUUCUUACGUUUCCCAAGGAUUAUCCUCUCGCGCCACCGACUAUGAAGUUUACUUGUGACUUGUGGCAUCCGAACGUCUAUCCCUCCGGUCUAGUCUGCAUUUCUAUCCUUCAUGCUCCAGGGGACGACCCGAAUCAUUAUGAGCACGCGUCAGAGAGAUGGAGUCCGAUUCAAAGCGUGGAGAAGAUUUUGAUUAGCGUCAUGAGCAUGCUGGCGGAACCGAACGACGAGAGUCCUGCAAAUGUUGAGGCAGCGAAGAUGUGGAGGGAGCGGCGGAAGGAGUACGAGGAGCUUGUACGACAGAAUGUGCGGAGAGGGUUGGGGUUAUAA